AUGGCCCACUCCUCUUGCUCCCCUUGCUGCAAGCCUACUUGCUGCAGGACCACCUGUUACAAGACCACCUGCUGGAAGCCAGCCUGCUGUCCACCCAGCUGCUGUGGGUCCAGCUGCAGUGGCAAAACCACCUGUGGGUCCAGCUGCUGCUGGUUAUGCUGUCCCUCAACUUGCUGUGAAACCACUUGCUGCAAGACCAGCUGCUGCAAACCAACCUGUGUGGUCAGCUGCUGCAGCACACCCCGCUAUAAGCCCAGCUGCUGUGAGCCUUGCUGCUGCCCCAGUUGCUGCAUCAUUCCCUGCUGCCAGCCCUGGUGCCCUCCUACUUGCUCUAGAACCACCUGCUGCAGGACGACCUGCUCCAAAAAGUCCCAUGUGACCCACUGCUGCAGCACACCCUGCUGCUCUCCAACUUGCUGUGAAACCACCUGCUGCAAGACCACCUGCUGCAAACCAGCCUGUGUCAUCAGCUGCUGCAGCACACCCUGCUGUCCACCCAGCUGCUGUGGGUCCAGCUGCUGCCAGCCCUGUUGUCCCCCAACUUGUUCUGAAACCACCUGCUGCAGGACCUCCUGCUGCAAACCAACCUGUGUGGUUAGCUACUGCAGCACACCCUGCUGUGAGCCCAGCUGCUCUCACACUAUGGCCCGCUCCUGCUGCUCCUCUUGCUCCAAGCCUACCUGCUGCAAGACCAUCGGCUGGAAACCAGCCUCUGGGACCAGCUGUGGCAGCACAUCCUGCCGUCCACCUAGAAGCUGUGGGUCCAGCUCUUGUGGGAAAACCAGCAGUGGGUCCAGCUGCUGCCAGCCACGCUGUCCCCCAACUUGCUGUGAAACCACCUGCUGUAAGCCAGCCUCUGUGGUCAGCUGCUGCAGCACACCCUGCUGUGAGCCCAGCUGCUGUGAACCUUGCUGCUGCAUCAUUCCCUGCUGCCAGCCCUGCUGCUGUGUGUUCACCUGCUGCCAGCCAGGCUGCUGCCAGCCCUGCUGCCCUCCUACUUGUUCUCAAACCACCUGCUGUAAGACCACCUGCUCAAAAAAAACCCAUGUGACCCGCUGCUGCUGCAAACCCUGCUGCCAGCACUGCUUCUGUGUGUGCAGCUGCUGCAAACCUUGCUGCUUGUGA